AUGAUAUCUAACAAAGUACUAGGUCCUGGCAAACUUGUAUUAGAAUUGAACGGAGAAAACAAUGUCUACACAAUGAGCUCAUUGGAAGUACCAUCCGCGAUAUUCUCUAUAAAAGAUUUUAUCCACCUCUCACCGCAUAUACGCAAAGAAAAACUAUUUAACAUUAAAGAUAUAGUGAACCAACCAGAAGUUCGAGAUUUAAGUAUUGACCAAAGAAAAUGCCGCUUUCCCGAGGAAAACUAUUUAGAUGUUUUCCCUUACUAUAGCUACAGCGCUUGUUUGACGCAAUGCUGUAAAAAUGCACAAUUGGAAAAAUGCACUUCUAUCAAAACCCAAUGCAGCUACCAGGGUUUAGAAUGCCUCAAAAUCUAUUUCCAAGAGCUAAUGGUGCAAAAACCUAAAGGUUCCAGUAAAAUUGGCUUGGAAUGUGAUUGUCUGCCAAGCUGCAAUGAAAUUCAAAUUAAUGUAGUUACUGAGAAUAGAUUUGGGUUGAAUGAAGACUACAGCGUGUUGGAGCUGUCACUAGGAAAAUUACCAUCGGAAAGAUUUAAGAGAACCGUAGUUAAGGGGGUACUAGAUGUUACUGAAAACCCAAAGCUGCAUCAUAACUCGAGAAAUGCUCCACAAAAAUGCGACCUAAUUUGUCCAGGACAACAGCCCUUGCCGCUUCCAUCGAACUUUAUAAAAAAUUUCACUUGCGGCAGCACUACGACAACUACUUCAACAACACCAAGAUCCACAACAUCAAAGGCAAAAACCACAACUGAAAGUAGCAGUGAGGAAGAAAGUACUGAGGAAGAAACUUCAGAAAGAAAUCAGAAGCACAAACAAAUGAAAAAUAAACAUUCUAAAAAAACCCACCAGAAACGUAAGCAUACAAACACAGCUAGAAAAGAAACUGUCUUAUUAAAACGACAAGGCAAAUCUCAUAUUUUUAAACAUAAUAAAGCACUCAAAGAAAAAGCUAGACUAGAUGGUUGUUAUGUCAUUUGCUCAGACAAUAAUGGAGUUGCAGAAUAUCCCGAUACUCCGGAAUCUUCAUCAGAGUCUGAAGAAUCUGACGAUAACUAUGUCGCAGGUGAAGAUACUCCUAUUGAAAUAAUUUACGUACCAGGAAAUACUAACAGUAGACCUUCUGACGUUUACCAAAUCAAUAAUUACGAGCUGAUGGAACCUGAUCUGUCUCCUAGUUUCGGAUAUGAUCCUUGGUUCAGGCAAGGUAAACAUAGGAACAUCAAAAAGAAGAGGCAGCAUCAUACCAAAGCGGGACAUAAAAUAAAAUCUCAGGCUAAAUCUAAGAUAAGCAAGUAG